CGACAGACAACUAGCGUUCCUUGGCCUACCACAACUAGGCUAUCUGUACCACUUUCCAAGUCUCCAUAGGUUAAAGUAACGGCGCUCGAUAUUAGUGCAGAUUAAAAAAUGCCAUGCAUAAUGACUCUUAAUAUAGCUCGAUAGACCCAAUCACUCUGAAAGUAAACAUGUCCUUACAGUACGCAUGCGCACUGAGUCAAUCGCACUCGUAAUGUUGGGACAUUGUGCAGAUUCAAGUCUGAAAAUGGGGGACACACAGCAAUAAAAGUAAAGUAGAACGCUUAUUUGAGACGCGUUUCUUCUGAUCGUUGAGGAGUUACCCUGGGCGAACUCUUAACUAUGUACAGGUCUGCAGACACAGAAUUGUUGAUAUCAACUCUAUAGUAGUCAUGGUUCAAAAGGUAGAGCUUUCUCUUCGCCAUGAAUAUGCGAUCUGAAUGCUUUUCUAAAGUGGGAUUGUACUCAAACAACUGUGACUUCAGCCCAACUCAAACAAGACACCCAGCUAGUGUCCGUAAAGAGCUCGGUGAUCCUCUUGGUGACACUCCAGACAGCACCAGACAACAUCUGUUCUUGGACAAGACUUUGGGUGGGAAACCUGAACGGACUUCAUUGCCGUUAAAGCUUGGCAGAGAGUUGGCUGUGGCUUCAGAGGCUGGCUCUGUGGGCACAGAAAAACUGUCAUCUCAAGCUAAACAAAUGGGGGGUGAAGGCACCCCUGUAAAAAGUAAAACUCCCCUUGGACAGACCAACACCAUUGAUAACAAGCCAGAGUUUGUAUCCAUGAAUUCACAUAGUAAUUCUAGAGACCCUGUGGGUGAGAAAAACGCCAAAGGGUUAGAGACCAUGGGGGCGUCACAUGAACACUCGGAGGGUAAAAAGACAAAUUUGAGGAAGAUCACGGGUCAUCCUCACGCACAAGCCACCUGCCUUAAACAACUGCUUCUACUUCAGCUGGACUUAAUAGAGCAACAACAGCAACAGCUACAGUCUAAGGACAAAGAAAUAGAUGAACUCAAAUCAGACAGAGACACGUUGCUUGCCCGUAUUGAGCGGAUGGAGCGCCGUUUGCAGUUGUUAAGUAAGGAACCACGUGACAAGAAGCUCUUCCAGCCAUUAGAGCGAUGGGUCCCUGACACGGAUGACUUUUGGGAAUCAGAUAUGGGGGACAACCCUCAAACUCAGACAUCUAAGUCAGGUGGCAAAGUGCAAAAGAGAAAGAUGAACAUGUUGGAAACAAAGAUGCAGAGGUCAAGGGGUAAGGCCUCUAGAAUGACCCCCCAAAAAUCAGAUACAGGAGGGACGUCUCCAUGUCAGCAUGACCUGCGAAGCAAAGAGACCCCGGAGAAGACAAACGUGAAAUCAUCCGGACAGAUGGACGUGAAUCCAGAGGGAGACAACAGCAGAGAAACCGAAGAGCUUCCGUACAUGACAACGACCGAGAUGUACCUAUGCUGUUGGCAGCAACCUCCAGCCUCUCCGUUACAGGAAGAGUGUCCAAAGAUAGAGGAGGAUGUUGCAAUCCCAUCAUGGAGGGAAAACAUCAUGGAACCCAUCCAGGAGGAGGAUGCUGUUGACAUCCCCGAAAGUCUUGAUGACGGUGUUUUUCUGAAACGGCACGCAAAGUUAGAACUGGAUGAGAAGAGACGAAAACGAUGGGAUAUUCAGAGAAUACGUGAACAGCGUAUGCUUCAAAGACUGCAGCAACGCAUGGAGAAGAAAAAAACAAAUGUUCAGGAGAGCGAGCCAGAAGUGUCCUCGUUUCAUCCUGAUUUGGAGAAUGUGGAGGCCAUCAUGGUCACACCUUUUCUGCCAGUAGUUGCGUUUGGUCGACCUUUGCCCAAUUUACCUGCACAGAAUUUUGAGUUGCCCUGGCUUGAUGAGAGAAGUCGAUGUCGCAUUGAAAAUCAGAAGAAACAAACUCCCCACAGGACCUGUCGGAAAUAAGCCGUACGUGUGCUACUUCAUGUCCAGUGGCAAAACAGGGGUUAAAGGAGGCAAAGCACUGUUUGGGCGAGAAGGAAAUGGCAGCAUUACAGCUGAGUUUUCAUUUUAUUGUGCCGUGAUGAUAGAGCAACAACUGCCCGGUUAACUGCUAUUUUAAGUUCUCUCACAAUCAGUGUGUGGCCUUGAUUCAAUUCUUUACUUGUAGUCCUGUUCUGUGUACUUUCACUGAGGCUAGUGAUAUUGAUCAUUGCAGGCUCCACUGCAAAUACUGUUUUAAUGUGCACUAAACUGUGGUUAUGGAGUAUUGCUGCACAUUUGCAUGUAGUUGUGUUCCGAAUGACUUUAAAGAGCUUUUUUUGUUUUUGAAAACGUAAUUGUGCAUGAAUGUCUUGAUAAUUCCUCUGCCUCAAUGUAUAUAUUUUGUAGGCAUAGCUUAGUCGUUUAGAGAGAAAAAAUAUUGGCAGGAUUAGUGUGAGGAUGCUAAAUUGUUUAGACGAACGACCCUUUGUAAAAGAGUAGCAAGAAUUUGUUUGUAAGGCAUUUAGGGUUCUCUGAAGCUGUUCAGCAUCCCAUGCAGGUUUAAGGACAAUGCCCUUAACGUUAUUUUUUAGAUCGAUUAGUUGGUCUGUUGAUGGUUGUUUUUUGAUCAACAUUCUUAUUGAAAAUACAUUUAUUUUACACCACCAUUUUCAUCCAUGUCCAAAAGUGUUGCUUGUCUUUUGAAUUUUUUAUUAAUUCUGUGCCUCAUGGGAUUCAUUUCAGGGCCUUUGAAAUGCAUUUCCUGAAGAUCUGUUCUAACUGAAAAUUGGUAAUUUUCCUGAAAACGUUUUUUUUUUUGUGUGUGUGUACAUGUGUUGAUUUUGUGAACACCAUACACAUCAAGUUUUGUUUUCUUUCUUUCGUGAAUGUGUACAACUGGACCGAUGUAAAUAGCCUUGCUGACACAUAUUGGCUGUAAAUAAGGAAAAUGUUGCUGUUAUUUUUUUAUUUAAUGUCAGAAAUGUUGUAUGUCCAGCAUAGAUAUAUUGAUAGCAUUAUUUACAAAACAAGAAUUUUUGUUUUUCAAAAAAAUAAAAAGUACACAAAACUCACUCUUGUGAUUUCAUAAUUGAUGCAGUUUUUAGUGUCUUAUGUCCAUAUUUGGUUUUACUGUAGUAUUUCUUCCCAAAUAACUUGAAUUGGAAGCUUACCGUUGCAGACUUUAUGGUAUUGUAGACUUUAAGUAUUUUAACAGUUUUGUUUAUGUAUUAUAAAAACACUUAAAUACAAUUUAAUCUUGUGUUAUAUGCAUAAUUUCAUUUGUUCAUUUUUUUUUAAAUCCACAGAACCUAGAGAUGUCUUUGUGAGAAUUACCCAUUUUAUCUGAUGUGAGGCCAUUGUUAUGCAAGUGUAACACCAAAUGUCACAAAACGUAAGUGUGAAAAAUGUUUAUUGACCAAAAAAAAAUUGCAAAAUAAGAUAUUCAAAAUAUACCAACUCUUUUGAUUCACCAUGAGAUAAAUACAUUGAUAAUAUUUUUAAUAUUUCUUUAGAUUAUUCUGUGACGAAACAAGCUUUGGAAAACUGCCUCCAAGAUUUUUUUAAAUUGAAUGAAAAGUUACUGAGAUGUUGCCUUGCACAAACUUUAGUUCAUGAAGGUUUACAGUUCACUGAACAGGCCUGGGACUAGAAAUCAAUCACUUUGAGAAACAAAUAUACUGUACCACCACAUUUAUUAUAUGAAAGUAUUUACCACUAAAA